ACUGCUCGUAAGCAGGAGCAAGGUACUUAUCUUGCUCUUCUCCGCCCGUGUAGCUAAAUGAAGGAUAUCCAUAUCCCCAACCUCUUCUUUAUCACGACUCCUACGCCAUUAACAACCCGGACGCGUCGUUCCCAAACCAAACCAACACCCUCCUCACCUUUACACCCAAACCAUUCCAGUAAGUCCAUCGCCAUGGCCUCAGCCACAUGGACAUUCAACCCCCUCCCGCCCCUCCCACCAGCCCUCUUCCCCAACACGGCCUUCUACAACGCCACCUCCUCCGCCUCUCCCAACCUCACCUAUCAAAUCUCCCUCUCCUACCCCUUCGCAUGGGGCCCUCGCUCCCUCCCCACCACCGCCAUCACCAACCGCACCGCCAACGCGGUCUACGUGCUCGACGGCAACGCCUUCGCCGCCACCGCCGCCGACUUCCUCAAGCGCCGCUGGCCCGUCGACCCCUCCCAGCCGGACGCGCUCGUCGUCGGCGUCGGCUACCCCCUGACGGACAGCGUCUACGCCAUGACGCAGCGCGCCAUCGACUUCGGCGCCCCCAUGCCCGGCGAGCCCGUCUCCGCGGGCGGCGCGGACGCCUUUCUGGACUUUGUCGGCUCGCACCUCCGGCCGUGGGUGCGCGACGCCGUCUUCCCCGGCGUCGAGUUCCCGCGCGACGCGCUCUACGGGCACUCGAGCGGCGGGCUGUUCGUCGCGUGGGCGCUGACGGUCCGGCCGGAGAUGUUUGAUACGUGGAUCGCGGCGAGCCCGUCCCUGACGCUGCGGAACGGGACGGUGAUCGGGGAAGUUACGGAGCGGUUCGGGGAUGGGAUGGGGUUGGAAGGGGAGGUGCAGUGGAGUGGGAAUGGGACGAGGCCGGCGGUUUUUGUGGGCUAUGGGGAGUCGGAGGAUUAUCCCGUGAGGAGGCGGACGCAGACGGAGGCGCAGUUUCAGGCGCGGAAGGAUUUGCUGCAGAGCUUUGGGCCAGGGAAGUUGAGCCAUGAGUUGUAUGAUCGGUUGGUGGGUAGCGGGAACAUGAGGGAUGUGGUGUUGAAGGAGUAUGCAGGGCAGGAGCAUGCGGAGGUUGGGGGGAGUGCGUUGAUGGAUGGCAUUGCUUACUUCUUGGACUGGUAGGGAAUUUGUCUCAUGUGAGGUUUUGGGGCGGGCAGCUCAGGGAACACGUAGCUAGGUCAGCGGGGGAUACCUAGGUCGUUACAUACCUUGGUAUCUUAGAUAACUUGAGCUCGACUCCGACCACCGCAACGAUCAAGAACUGAAAUGUUUUAACUCUCGUACAC